AUGACACUGCUAACCUCGAGCGAGACCAACUGUUUGACCGAAGUGCUCUUCGAAAAUGCCUUGCAACAGGCUCGCGAACUGGACCGCUAUCAUCGGCAGCACAGAGAGCUUAUCGGACCACUUCAUGGGGUACCCGUGUCUCUCAAGGACCAAUUCGACAUCGCUAGCGUCGAUACCACGUUUGGCUAUGUCGGUCGAUCAUUUCAGCCGGCCGCGAAGGACGCUACUGUUACCAAGAUCCUCAAAGAUCUAGGAGCAGUGAUUCUCACCAAGACAAAUGUGCCGCAGACUAUUUUGUGGGGGGAGACAGAGAAUCCAAUAUGGGGCCUGACCACCCUGCCGCACAAGCCAGCUUUCACCGCUGGAGGCUCAUCGGGAGGUGAGGCAGCUCUCUUGGCCCUCGACGGCGCGCUUUGUGGCUGGGGAACGGAUAUUGGCGGAUCAAUCCGAGGCCCAAGUCAUUUCAAUGGUCUCUUCGGCCUGAAACCGACGAGUAGCCGAAUCUCGCAUUGGGGCGUCCCCGGGCCCCACGAAGGACAAGAACAUGUACCAUCGUCAGUGGGACCCAUGUCGAAGCGAUUGACAUCGCUGGUCGCCGUUACCAGAGCAGUCUUGAACGCGCAAGGGUGGCUCAGCGACCCGAAGGUCGUUCCGAUACCGUGGCGUGAAGGUCUUUAUCUCGAGGUACAGACACGCCGUCUCAAGAUCGGACUGAUACUCGAUGAUGGGAUAGUAAAGCCGCACCCACCUGUAGAACGCGCAGUGAAGGAAGCCGCUGCUCUCCUGCGCAAUGCCGGCCACGAAGUCAUCAUUUGGGAUACGUCGGAGCACAUGGGUUUCAUCGAAAUACAGGAUCAAUUCUAUAGGGCUGAUGGAGGGGAGGACAUCCGUCGGGACAUCUCUGCAGGAGGCGAACCGAUGAUACCGCACGUCGAAGCUCUUGUCGAGAGCAGCAAGGCCAUCUCGGUGUACGAGUACUGGCAACUGAACAAGGCAAAGAUGCUGGCUCAACAAGCGUACAAUGAGAAGUGGACCAAGUCAGGUGUCGACGUCUUGUUAAGCCCUGUGGCGGGACAUACUGCUUUACCGCAUCGAUGCUUCCGCUAUACAGGGUACACCAAAAUCUGGAACUUCCUAGAUUAUACGGCAAUGUCGUUUCCGUUCACGACGGUCUCGGAAGAUCUCGACUCGGAGGACAUAUCCCGUACAUCAGGCACAGACACAAGCGCUUUGGACGAGGUCCGUAACCCGCUCGAUACCUAUAAUCAGGGCUUGUGGGAUCUUGCCUCCAUGAAAGGUCUACCGGUCGGAGUACAGAUCAUCGGAAGACGGUUUGAUGAAGAAAAGGUCCUGGGGGUGGCAAAAGUUCUUGAAAAAGAGAUCGAGAAGCAGAAACAAGUAUAA